GAUGUCAUUCUGUCUUCCAAAGGGUGUAGUCAUAAUCACUUCUGGCUUCCACCUCUGGCACUUUCACGACUUGUGCUGGGAGCCCCACUUGAGAUGUCCUUUGCUAACUUUCUUUGUUAGGGCAACAACAUCAGCUUUUCAUUCUUAUGGCAGAUUUCCAGGUGUUUAGUCAGAGAAUUUAGCACAAAUCCGAAGGUCACAAUAUGGGAUGGAGAAGGACCAAAUCCACAUAUGGGACAUCUGGCCUGGGCUGAUGCUUUUGUCAUCACAGCUGAUUCAGUUAGUAUGUUGAGUGAGGCUUGCAGUACUGGGAAGCCCGUCUAUGUAAUUGGAGCAGAACUGUGUACAUGGAAGUUUGCUGACUUUCAAAAGCGUUUGCUGGAGCGAGGUGUUGUUCGACCUUUCACCGGAAUGGAGAAGUUACAGAUGACUGAUAGCUGGAGUUAUCCCCCGCUCAAUGACACUGCUGAGGCUGCCAGCCAAGUGAUAAGGGCACUUGCUCAGCGAGGAUGGACAAUUCGCACGCGAUGGUUUCCUUGAAAGCCAAUUGGUGCUCUUUGAAUUGAUCGAGGAAAAUGGUUUGAUAAAAUGAGGAAACAUUGUGCAGAACCAGUUGCUUUCCUUUGCUAGCAUGGAGGUGGUUUUCUGGGACAGAACGCUUGCUGGCUAUGGCUGAAUCCUUUGACUUGAAAAAUCACUAUAAAUAGUUUCAACUAGAUUUUCUCCAAAGGCGGGGCUAGGCAAGGCGUGUUCUCACUUCUCACCAAUUUUUCGCUUGUUUUCCCCAUUGAUUUCUUUUUUAAAAAAAUCUUUUGAUAUGCCCCACCUGGACACAUUUUCAGUGGAACCUCGUACUUGUCCUAACCUGUUCAAAUAAUACGAUAAUACAAUGUGUAGUAAAAUCCUCCCUUUUCCCCCUUCCCAUUGCAACUAAGGAACUGUAGUAUUGAUUGAAAAAACAGAGAAAGAAUACUUCAAGAGAUGUCUCAUUAUUUAAUAUGAUUGAUUUAUUUAA